AGCCUACACUCCGCGGUUACCUGGUGGGCAACAGAAGGAACAGACGUCACAUAGUCCAGCCUCGCUGCAUCUCCUCCGCCACAUCAUCUGGCUCGCUGCAUGACCGUGAAGCGAAAGCGCAAAAGGCUGGGGGUAGGCUACAGAGAAAAGAAACUAAAUUCACAGACGCGCGGACAUCAAUGCUUCGCGGCUUUAGCCAGAUAUUUACAGUGAAUAGCCUACGAAUAUAUUGGAACGACAGAGUCUAGGCAUACGAUCUAAAGGGAAAAUCGACAUUUUAAUUCGUGUUGGAAACCUUGAAAAUGCUCCAGUCUCUCGCAAGCAAUUCGUGUGUGCGACUAAUUCAAAGCAAUAAAUCGGCAUGGUAUUUCUUAUUUUUAGUUUUGGGGUACGUUCUAUAUCUAAUUUUCGGUGCCGUUGUGUUUUCAUCGGUGGAGUUGCCAUAUGAGGACCUACGGCGUCAGGAGCUUAGGACCGCCAAAAGGCUAUUUCUUCAGGAAAAUGAAUGUCUGUCUGAAGAGCGGUUGGAAGAGUUUCUGGCCAAAGCACUCGAGGCCAGUAACUACGGAGUGUCUAUCCUCAACAACGCAUCAUCUAACUGGAACUGGGACUUCACCUCCGCUUUGUUUUUUGCGAGCACUGUCCUGACAACGACAGGUUAUGGCCACACUGCUCCCCUCUCAGGUGGAGGCAAGGCCUUCUGUAUCAUCUACUCUGUCAUUGGCAUCCCGUUCACUCUCCUCUUCCUCACGGCCGUGGUGCAAAGGAUCAUGGUCUUCAGCACGCGUCGGCCCAUCACGUAUGUGCACACCCACUGGGGCCUGUCCAAGCCCCUGGUGGCCAUCGUCCAUGCCAUCCUGCUGGCCAUGGUGGCCGUGGCCUGCUUCUUUCUCAUCCCGGCGGCCAUUUUCUCCGCACUGGAGGAGGACUGGAAUUUCUUGGAGUCCUUCUACUUCUGCUUCAUCUCGCUUAGCACCAUAGGCCUGGGAGACUAUGUGCCCGGGGAGGCCUUCAACCAGAGGUUCCGUGAAUUCUAUAAAGUGGGAAUAACUGUCUACCUGCUGCUGGGCCUGAUCGCCAUGUUGGUGGUUCUGGAGACGUUCUGUGAGCUGCAGCAGCUCAAGCAGCUGCGCAAGAUGUUCUACCUGAAGAAGGAGAAGCCGCAGGACCGACUCAGCAUCCUGGAACACGACCACCUGUCCUUCACCACCGUGGCCGACCACACCACCAACAACGCCAGGCUGCGGGAGGACAAGACCGAGCCCUACGUGGACGUGCCUGACCUUGUCUCGCCAGGCGGCGAUGAGCCCAUGCUCAGAUAAAGAGAGAGCGAGGGAAUCUGUGGGGGGUCAAAGUUCAGGUGUGAUAACAGAAUCACUUGAAAACGGACAAAAAACAAAUCACUUGAAAAAAGAAGUGAUACUUCAGUCAAAAAGCAUCAUAGCACAAUAGCAUCAUAGCGCCAUGUGUGAAUAUCUGAGAAUAUCAUAGUGCUGCUGCUGACAAAUGCUGGAGAACAUUCCGCCAGCGUUAGUUCUUAUAUUCCCAAUGUUCUGAUAAGCACUGCUACAUACUGUAGAACAUCAGUGGGCUGUGCGUCUCUGCGUAACAGCCAGGAACUCUGACUUAUGUGAUAGUUCUCCAACUCGUGUAGUAUAAUGUAGUGUAGGCAAAAAGAGAAGUUUAUGCUACCGUUGAUUCAGUCAUCAUCAUUGCCGUCAAUCUCUGUGCUAUAGUGGUGCCUGUUGGUCGAGGAGCCAUUCAUUGUGUUAUGAAUAUAGCAUUACGCAAACCAUCUGUGAGGGGUUAUUCAUAGAAAUGCUUCUGACUGUUAGUAUUGGUAUGGGGACUUAGCAGAGUUAGCAGAGUUGAGUCAUAAAUGAGAAGUACUGUGGGCAAGUUUGACUGAUUGCAUCAGUCUCAUAUGUUUACUUACCACUUCCUCUAUCAAUACAAGACCAUGCAGUUCCCAUGUACUUGCAUGUUCAACAUUACUGAAAUCAUGAAAUAUUUGAAAAGUGAGUGGUAUCAUUUCAGAGAAACCAGGCUAUUGUUCUUGCUGCCCUGUAGUAAAGUUCUUCUGACAGUUUUAGUGUGAAAUCUCUAAAGUGCAUCAAGGCAGUCAUUAGUUGUGAUCCUAUGAUAAAUUAGAAUUAUCAAUAAAUCAACGCCCAUGUACAAGACAUUUUUAACAUUUGAAAAUCAUGGGCGAUGAUUUUCAGAUGUAAUUAUGUAUUAGUGAUACUAUUGUUGAUCAUCAACAGUAUCAUAAGACGAGUUUAGCUUCAGGAUUUUAAAAGUAUUUUAAUAGGUUAUUAGCCAUUUGUAUGAAUAACCCCAAGUAUAUACUUGACAUUCUGCUUCAGGGAAGUUUAGAAAGGGACAUUGAGUGUGUACCUGAUCAUUCCAAACAGGAAGCAGCUAGAUAGUUUUACCAUUCUGUAAUAUUCUUGCAUUAUUAUUAUUAUUUUUUUUCAUGUUUUGUAAAAGUGUUUAUCAGGAUCUCAUCCACUGUGUUUAAAGGCAUCUAGCAACGACAGAUGUGAGUUGGAAGAGGGCUGGUCCCAGAAGGCUUCGAUGAAACGAUUACCAUCAGGUUUUAGGUACCCUCCAUCUGACUUGGUAGGCUUCAAUCCAUUUUCAGGGAUCUUGUUUGGUUGUCUAACAUAUUGUGAAAAAGGAAUACUCUUAAAUUAUAAUGAGUUUUGAAUGGUUAUACUGUAUUUCUACUUGAACUGAAAAUAGAAACAGGAAGGAACAAAGGGAAGUUCAAUUCAGUAGGAUAUAAUUGAGGGAACUAAUAAAGAAAAACAUUCAGCUUAAAGUGGAAGUUCAGUUUUUUUUUAACCUACGGUCUAUUUGAACUGGUAGUUUUGAGUAAGACUGCAUAAUGCAGUUACAUUUACAAUAUUAUUUAAGCACGACCCUACAUUUAACAUGUAAUUGGCUUGAAAUCAUGGUUGAAAUAUGUGCAAAUAUGAGUGUAUAUUUUUCAGAAAGGGGAAUGUUUAAAAAUGUGUAUUUGUACAAUGAAGACUUGACAAGGUACCAUUUUUUUGGAUCACUUGAAUUCUCAAAGAACAUUUAGGGCUAAACAACAUGGAUUUAAAAUGCUGUCUUUGUUCGUGCAGAACACUCUUUGGUUAAGCAUAUCUGAGGUGCACUGUUCUUUUUGCAAUGCGCUUCAGAAAGAAAGGACUGGAAUGUUGGAUGAAGGCUAAUUGUAUAUUUAUGUCUGAAAGCCACAUUCAGUCCUGUCAUCAUGAGGAAUAGAGUUUGUAUUGUGACAUACUGUAUUUAUUGUUUAUAAAAAUGUAAAAUCUUUACCUUCUCCGUCUUUUGUGUUCAGCUGAGAAAGAAAAGCUCUGACAAGCAAAGAAUAGGUUUUGUUUGAGCAAAGCUAGUUACAUUUAACCCUCUGUUUGCUGCAUUAGCGUCUUGUGAACUCAUUGACCUGAUCUGUAUCCGCAUCAGUACAAAAGUACUUAACUGCCCAUGAAAUCAUUUGUGUACCUACCUGAACCAAUUUACAUGUAGAUUAGGACACUCAUUUAUUACCGCCGAUGCAGUACAGGCAUCAGCGGUGGACAGGCAAAUACAGCGGUUUGUGUGCUUUUGCCAUUGUUUGCUCUAAAAAUAAAUACGGAUCUCUCACCAUC